CCCUCUUGACCCGGGGCGGGGGUCGGGGGCAGCUCCACCCAGAGACUGGAUGGAAGUCGAUGGGGAAGGGGCUGCGCUCGUGUGACACCCCCGCAGACACACAGAUUCUGAGGACAGCCUGUGGCUGGCGGGGACCCCAGAAGCUGUUUGGCAAGACGCCCGGGCGCGCCCCACCGCCCUCCGCCGCCUCUACAGAGGAGGAAAUUGAGGUAGCAGGGGGAGAGCCUCCCUGUUAACGAAUAGGAACCUGGGCUUCUUCCGCUGAGGCCUCUAAGUUUCAAAACAGGGGUCCUGAACUGACUAGAACUCUCAAAAGCAGCUGCUAACCCCCCACAGCUGACCUUGGGGCUUGCCCCCUUUGGCCCUGUCCCAGGUCCUUUCCACCCUCUCUUCACGUCCCAGUACAUCUAUGGGGUCAAGUCAGAGAAUCAGAGACCUGACCAGGUACUGAGUCUGGCCCUUGGUGGCGGCAGUCAGGACACUCCAAGAGUUAGGGCAUGGGCCCCAGAGAAAGACCAGCUUAGCUAUAAGGCUGAACAGUGACUCCAUGUUGGCAUCAACUGCUACAUUGGAAACCCUGACUCUGAAAACUUUGUGUUCUCACUAAACAGGUGCUUGAGGUAUGUGGGAGCCAGAAGGAUUGGAGCAUCUGAGGGAGGUCAAGUCAGAGCUAGACUUUGAGUGGGGGUUGGGUGUUUGGAAUUUGGCCUUAGGGAUCCUUGGGGAUUUUUCAGCUAACAUACUGUGGGUAAGCUCCAGACCAGGCAUUUAAUCCAUCUGGGGGAUGGAAGUGUGAUAGCAGAAAAACCCUCUCAGUGCUGUGAGGAGGUCAGCUUUUGCAUCUCAUUUCUGGGGGAAUGCCCUCUCUAACCAGCUCCCCAGCUAUCUACCUCCAACCCCAGGUCCAAACUGGGGGUGGGGCAAAGGAAAGUUCUAAACAGCUUCUAGAAACUGGGGAUGAGGGGAGACCACCUGGAGUUGGCUCCUUCCCACCAUACCUGGUUGGAUUCAGUUCAGUCCCCUGUUAUUGGCAGGCAAUUUGGGCCUUGAACCAGUUCUUAUAUUUAGACAGUCAAGGAGCCCCAGUCUUCCUGAAUGGCAGCAAGCCUAAAAAGGAGAAGUUCGAAGGCUUUCUGCAGCCUGACUUCCGGACGUUUGCUGUGGAUCCGCAGAUCACCUCCUUAGACGUCCUGCAGCACAUCUUGAUGCGGGCCUUUGACCUGAGUGGGAAGAAGCACUUUGGUAUCAGUUAUCUGGGCCGAGAGAAGCUGGGGCCUGAGGCCUACAUCCCCCUGACCUCAGAGGGAGAUCUGAGUGCAGCAUUCAGCGGCGCCUCCCAGCCGUACCUGCAGCUUCGAGUGGAUGUCCGGCCUUUGGAAGAUAGUCCCCUUUUGGAAGACUGGGACAUCAUUAGUCCCAAGGACGUCAUCGGCGCUGACCUGCUGCCUGCAGAGAAGCGUUCCCUGACGGCUGUGGCUCUGCCUUUCACACAGUCCAUCAUCUCUCAGGUGGGUCGGACCCUGUCCAAGGUCCAGCAGGUCCUGAGCUGGUCCUACGGGGAAGACGUCAAACCUUUUAAGCCCCCACUCAGUGAUGCGGAGUUUCACACCUACCUGAAUCGGGAGGGCCAGCUGUGCCGGCCUGAAGAGCUGCGGCUGCGAAUUUACCACGGAGGAGUGGAGCCUUCCCUCCGCAAGGUGGUGUGGCGAUACCUGCUGAAUGUGUACCCUGACGGGCUGACGGGCCAAGAGCGGAUGGAUUACAUGAAACGGAAGACACUUGAAUACAACCAGCUGAAGAGUGAGUGGCACCAGCGUGCCAGCGCUGAGGACUUGGAGUUCAUCCGGAGCAGCGUUCUCAAGGACGUGCUGCGUACAGACCGGGCGCACCCCUACUAUGCAGGCCCCGAGGACAACCCCCACCUCAUCGCCCUGCAUGACCUGCUCACCACGUACGCAGUCACUCACCCCCAGAUUUCUUACUGCCAGGGCAUGAGUGACAUUGCCUCUCCCAUCCUGGCAGUCAUGGACAACGAAGGCCAUGCUUUUAUCUGUUUCUGUGGCAUCAUGAAGCGUCUGGAGGCCAACUUCCGCGUGGAUGGAGAGGCCAUGUCCAUCAAGUUCUCCCACUUGAAGCUUCUGCUCCAGUAUUCAGACCCAGAAUUCUAUAGCUACCUCCUCUCCACUGGGGCUGAUGACCUCUUCUUUUGCUACCGUUGGCUAUUGCUUGAGCUCAAGCGGGAGUUUGCCUUUGAAGAUGCUCUGAGGAUGCUGGAGGUAACUUGGAGCUCCUUGCCCCCAGACCCACCUGAAAAAGAGGUAGAACUUGUGGGCUUUCCUGCCCCGGCCAGAGACGGCGAGCAGCCCGUCCGCCAGAGGCACAUGCUGAGACCCACAUACUAUGGCUUGGAUGAGGCUGGAGACAAGGCGCUGCACACGAGGGGAGAGAAGGAAGAAAGCCUGGGGAUGGAGGAGAGCAAGGAGGCGAGCCUUCGCAAGAGACCCUUAGCCAGACAGGCCAGUGUUGGUGACCAUGAGCCUCACGGGGCCCAGGCCGGGGAGGACACGCAGUGGGGCAUCCCCCAUCAGCUGCUGGAACAGUUGGCAGCGGAGGAGGGCGACGUGCCAGCCAGUGUUCUCCUUCCACUGGCACUGCCUCUUCAUAUGACCAAGUCCUUCUCAGCUCCUUCCCUGAGGCCUUUGAUGGUGCCUUCCUCCCCUUCGGCAGCCGGAUCCCCACUGUCCACAGAGUCCGACCGGGCGGAGGAGAGCGGCGGCACCAGGAGCCCCUCUGACAAGGGUGGCUCUCUGGGGAAAAGCCUGUCGUCACCCUGCUCGUCUUCGCUUCUGCCGCCGCCACCGCCACCGGCUGGGGCGGCCGUGAGCCUCCCUCCGCCCCAGGAGUUUGGCCGGGGGAAUCCCUUCAUGCUCUUCUUGUGCUUGGCCCUCCUGCUUGAGCACCGGGACCACAUCAUGAAGCGGAGUAUGGACUACAAUGAGCUGGCCAUGCACUUUGACCGUCUGGUGCGCAGGCAUCACCUUGGGAAGGUCCUGCACAGGGCUAAGACGCUGUUCGCUGACUACCUGCAGUCUGAGAUGUGGGACUCCGAGGAAGGCGAUGAAGCUGCAGCGGACUCUCCCCCUCCUGCAGCCGCCACCAUGGCCACGACCUCCUGACCCCAGGAACCUCCCCUUCUCCUUUUCCCCUCUCCAUCCUCUCUGUGCCAGCUGCUGCCAAGAAAGGGGAUCCUGGGUGGAACGAGUCGCCCACUACCUCCCUCUGCCUCUGUCUCUGCAUUCCCCUCAUCUGCCUGCCUCCCAAGGAAGAUGACAUAGCUAGGCCUCCACACGUAUAGCCCAGUUUCCUUCUGUCGGUUGCCCUAAGUUGAGAGGCUUUUCCCAUUGCUUCUCAGUGCAGCCUCUAGGUCUCCUCUUUGUUUUGAGGGGCAUUUGGUUAGGGUAUUUCAAUGCCUCCUUUUGACCCAGCAAACACUCUUGGGUAGUGGGUUUCCAGAACCCUGUAUCUCUGUUUACAUUCUCACUUUUAUCGAGUGAAACAGGACUGGCUGGCCCACAUCACAGUGAUGGGAGAUUUGGACAGAAUACAGAUACAAUUACUGUGGCUGCUUGUCCCAUCCACUGGGGAGGUGAGGGAGCUACCACCAGGCGUUCCUUGGAAUCAGCUGCUUUAUUGUGUGAACAAUAAACACCUGCCAACUUCCAA